AACCACAGUUCACUCCAGCAUUCAUCAUCGACUGCCUACGAGUUCUUCGAGUCUCUUUUCGUUCCGUUUCUCUUGUGUCUUAGACCCACCGGAGCUGGCUCUCCAUUUUAAUUCCUAUUCAUAAUUGUUUGUUCUUUGAGACCAAGACUCCGGUAGUCAACCCACCUUCACAAUGUUCCACCGACAGACAACACCACCGACCACUAGCUUCAGCUUCAUGCCGGGCAGUGUUGGCUCGGUUUCUGACUGCACCUACUACUCGCAAAACGCCUCGCCUGCUGGAUCUGUCAUCACAGCAAACACCACUCCGCCACGGUCACCAGUGAGACAGCAUGGUCCACUUCUUCUCCCCAAGGUCCGGACCCAGGAUCAGAUUGCCGAGCCCACUGGCGGCCCCGUCAGACAUCGCCGGACGACGUCCACCACCAGCAGCAUUGGGGGCUAUGGCUCCGCAUACAGCCCCUACUCUCGCCCUAGCUCUAUGAUCCGCCGUGGUUCCAGUCCUUUCAACCACCAUGCCAACAGCGCUGUUGGCUCACCGGUUUCAACGGCCUCAUACGACCUCGGCCUCGCCACUUCUACCCUUAACUCUCCCAUUGCUUUCCCCCGGGAAUCCCGCCGAGCUUCCUACGCGGCGCAUGGCCGAUCGCGAUCUGCCAGCGUAGUUCCCCGUCACGCGCGCUCUGGGUCCGCCGGAAGCAUCGACGAGUCGCUCAUCACUCGCUAUGGCUUCCCCACCUACCGCAACAUGCCUUCCUACGUCACUUCUUCAGGGGUCUCUCAGCCAACCAUGAUCACGGCCAUGCCAACUACUACCUACAGCGAGCCCCAGGAGGUUACUUACACCACCACGACAACCCAGGACUACACCUUUACCGACUUCGAACCCGCGCCAGCAGUCCAGUACCCCUUCAACACCGAAGUCAACUUCGAUAGCUUCCCUCCUCUGCCCACAUCUUCGCUCCUGGAGUACCUCAGCGCGUCCAACCCCUCGCCCGCUCUGGUGAACCGCGUCGCCAGCGUGCCCCGCGGCACCAACACGCACUUCUGGUGGGACGUCCGCAACCUGCGCUCCUGGGAGGACUUCAACAUCUCGACCGUGACCUCGCUGCCCUCGGUCCUGCCCCUCCUCGAAGUCCCUGUGACGUCGACCUUCCUUCCGGAGCCGUCGCGCCAAAGCCUCCAACCGGAGAACCAGUCCGCCCUCCACGACAUCUACGCAAACUACUACGCGACCAAGAUCAACGCCGCGCUCAAGGUCGCCCAGGGCUCCACACACAUGGUGAUGCGCCCGCUGAAGUCGCACCCGGGCCUGCGCCCGCAGCCCGACUUCGUGUCGUCGUAUCCGUCCGACUACGAGAAGACCAUCUACGGGGACGCGCGCGGCCGCGUGGUCGGGCUCGUCAAGUGCUACGACCAGUGGAACACGGGGAUGCGCGGGGAGAGCCCGCCGAAGCAGGUGCUGUAUCUGCAGGGCCUGGCGCAUCUGCAGCGCGUGAUGCGCGAGCACGGGUGCCGCUACGGGUUCAUCAUGACGGAGAUUGAGCUUCUGUGCGUGCGGGCGGGCGGGCCGUCCAACGCCAACAUGGUCGACCCGACCACGGUCAACGCGCAGACGGGCGUGCCCAUCUUUGGGUUCCUCGAGACCAGCGCGCCGAUCCGGCUGUCGACGACGGGGUUCGCGGCCGAUGGGGAGAUGCAGAUGACGGCGCCCCUUGCGCUGUGGUAUCUCCACAUGCUGGCCAAGGAGAACCCGUUUGAGGGCAUGGGGACCUGGCGCAUGGAUGUCGGCGGCCCUGCUGCCUUGACCAGGCAGAAUUGCCUCGAGAAGGACGCGUGGGUGCCGAAGCCGCAGCUUGGUGAAAAGCGGGAGGCGAAGAGGGUGCGGGGGUGGGUGUUUCCCGAGGAGCCGUUGAGCAAGCGGGAGUGUGGACGCGGGAAGAGGAAGGGUAAUGCUUAGACUAGGAUGGGUUUGUCUGGCUGCCAUGUGCUGGUUGCAUGGUUGACUGCAUUCUUUUCGUGUCU